AUGGCAGAGUUCCUCGCAGAGAAUCCCGUUACAGAUGAUGAGUUAUGGGAAUUGGAGUUUCCAGAUGAACACUUGCUAUGUAUCGAAACAGGGGUUUGGAAGUUGUACUUUGAUGGAUCAGCCAAUAGGAACGGAGCCAGAGCUGGUAUUGUUAUAGAAGCACCUGAUGGCGAAGUCACCACAAUGUGCAAAAGAUUGUUGUUUUCGGUCACUAACAAUAUGGCUGAGUAUGAAGCGUGCAUCAUGGGAAUGGAAGCUCUUCUUACAUCCAGUGCUAAGGAAGUCGAGGUAAUAGGAGAUUCGUUAUUAGUUAUUGAACACACCAACGAGAGAUGGAAGGUAGAAGAAGAGAGAUUGAAGCCCUAUGUCGAGUACUUGUUGAAGAAGGCAACACUCUUUGAUAAGAUUACCUUCACUCACAUAGGAAGAACCUAUAACAGAAUUCCGGAUGCCUUGGCAACUUAG